AUGUCCAACGAGGGCACCGACCACAGUGACAGAUCGCGGAGCCGCUCCUCCGGCUCCAGGAGCCGUUCGAGGAGCGCCGCACGCGCAGCCGUAGCCCAGGAGCGCGACCCGCACGCGCAGCAGCCGAAGCCGAAGCCCGACCCCCGCCGGACGGAUUCGCGCACGCGCAGCAGCCGCAGCCGGAGCAGCAGCCGGGGGCGCGGACGCGAUUCACGGUCGCGGUCGCGGUCGCCCUACAGCGACUCGCGCGACUCGGACCGGAGACCCUACAGAGACGACUACAGCGAGGGCGGCAGCGACUACCGAGCCCGCAACCGAAGCGACUCUGACGAUGGCGGCGACCGGAAGUACACCGACGAAGCCUACACGGAGGAGGAGGACACUUCGCACUUCUCGGACGAGUCGUCGAACGACCACUACAGCUACGAUGAAGAGGAGGAGGAGGAGGCCAGGGAGCGGGACAUCGAUCGGGUCCUCUUCUCCGAGAUGCCCCAGCCCAAGAUGACCGACGACAAGCGCACCCUCGAGGACGAUUACGCCUUUGGCCUUCAGGAGAACAUCAAGCAGCUGCAGGGCCACAUCCUGGACAUCCAGAAGCGAGAGGUGGAGAAGAUGAGCGCCUACGGCAAUUCCCUGGCCCCGACCGCCGAGCCCAAGAAGGAGGAAAGCGAGAGGAAGAGGUUUGAGCAGUCGCUGGGCGACAUCCGGGAGGAGAGGAAGAAGUACCGGGCGAUGCUCUACGACGCCAUCAAGGAGCGCGACGACCUCCUCGAGAGCAGGCAGAUCUCCAAGAUCGAGGAGAGGAUCGCCAAGAACAGGGCACGCCGGCCCCCUCGUCAUCUUCACCUUCACCUUCGCCUUCAUCAUCGCCUUCAUCAACUGGGUGCCGACCGCGUGAACAAAUACAAUGGUGUCGACGUGACGCUGCUGCUCAUGUUCUUCCUGCAGAUGGGCCUCACCGUGCUCUACAUCAUCUUCAUGGACUUUACCAACGACCCGGCCGGCAAGGCCUCCCAGAUCUACGGGUGGACCGACAACGUGGAGUACCUCUACGUGUUCCUGAUCGAUAUCUUUAUGAUGGUGUUCGUGGGCUUCACCAUGCAGAGGGCCUUCCUGCGCAAGUGGGGCGUGCUGUGGCACGGGUGGUUCGCGUGGGAGACGUCGGGCAACCCGGACGGCAAGAUCCAGCUGGACACGGCGAGCCUCAUCCACGGCCUCUACUGCGCCACGACGGUACUGGUGGCCUACGGCGCGGUCCUGGGCCGCACCAACACCCUCCAGACGCUGGUGUUCACCUUCCUGGGCGGCUUCUUCUACUGCCUCAACUACUACAUCACCGUGGGCGAGAUCCACGGCACCGACCUCGGCGGCGCGCUCACCAUUCACCUCUUUGGCGCCUUCUUUGGCAUCGGCGUCUCCUUCAUCAUCGGCCUCAACGACCUCAACGACUUUACCAUCCCCGGCGAGUUCCGCGUCGUCAUCAACACCGCCCUCGCCUGCUGCGCCAGCGGCGUCACGGUGGUGGGUCUCGAUUGGCUGUUCGGCCCGCAGAAGUUUAGGGCCCACGUGCUGCAGCACGGCGUGAUGGCCGGCGGCGUGGUCAUGGGCUGCGCGCACUCCGAGUUGGUGCCCGCCUACGUGGCCAUCAUCCUGGGCUCCCUCAUCGCCGCCCCCUGCACCUGGGUCGGCCUCAGGUAUGCGACGCCGUUCAUGAACAAGGCCCACAAGCUGCUGCCCGACGUGAGCAUCAUCCCCAAGGACACGGCCGGCGUCCUGUUCGCCCACGGCGUGCCCGGCUUUAUCGGAGGCCUCGCCGGCAUCUGCGCCACCGCCGACUACCAAGACGCCACCCAGUAUGGCCAGACCGCCAGCGAUCUCUUCCCCAACGACCCGUCGUCCCAGGCCGGCCGUCUGACGGCCACGUGGGCCGUCUCCAUGGCCAUCGGCCUGGGCGCGGGAGCCUUGACGGGUCUGCUGCUGUUCGUGCUGCGCGUGCUUCUGCCGAACGAGCACGUGGCCACCAAGCGUCGUCCUGCUCCGGCCGUGGGCCCCCGUCCCUUCCACGACGAGGUCAACUGGCGCGAGCUGCCCCUCGACGUGGACGAGUAA